UCUCUCCGCUGUGCUGAUCGCUCCUGCGCCUGCACCGUGGACAUUUCUAUACGAGCAGAGGCGGAUGAACGUGUCGGGGGGUGUUUAACGGUGUCAGCUCUACAGCUGGUGGACUAAUGGAUUAUUAUUCCCGUUUGAAUAACCUGUAGCACAUUGAAGCCAGCGAGUACGGAGUCAACACACCGAGUCAUGGCCCCGUUUUCAAGACGGGUCCCCGGGCUUCACUGAGGGAUGAGCCGGUACCGAAGCAGCGAAUAGGGGACAGUGUCACCGAAGCCUGAGCUGCUGCUGCUGCUGCUGCUGCUGCUGCUGGGACUUAUUUUCACUGAGUUUGCUGGAGUUUAGAAACUCAGUGUUAUUGUUUUCCUGUCUGUUUGGAAUAUGUUGCAACUAUUUGCUUGCCUUGAAAACUGCUGGAAAACAGUGAUGGUCUGUAUAUCAUAAAUGCUCAGUGGGACAUCGUUUUGACUUGUACUUUAGCUCUUGAAUAGUUCAGCCAUCCUGUUCACGUGCUGUUCCUAUUAUUUUGUCCAGCAGCUGCAGUUCCACUGCUGACUGUCUGUACUGAGUGUGAGUAUCAGUGUGGGUUAUUCACAGUGCUGCUAUGCAGACUGACUGGAGCCAUGCUCAGACAGCCCCACUGUAACCCUGAUUCUGAGGCACAGGCCUGGAUUGCUUCCACAGAAAAAAACAGUGGAGGAAAAGUGAGUCAAAAAUCCAGUGGGACAACUUGUACAGAAGAGCAGAUGUUACACAGCUUUGUGUAUUAAUGUGGAUUAUUCAGGAUGCUGCUAUGCAGACAGAGUGGAGCCACAGGAAACCUGUUGGUAAUGUUAAAGUAGUACUCGACUCUGCCGCCUCUCUCAGUGCAGUUGAACAGCUAAUAUUACACUGUUGGCAGCUGAAGGUCUGGCUAGAAGGUUGGAUGUUUGCAGGGUGUAGAUAGAGAAUGACUUAACAACCCUAUACUGAUAAGGAGAGUAUACUUUAUAAUCUGGAACAUUUGAGAUAAACAAAACAUUGUGUCUAAAACACAAAGGUCUUUGAUUGUAAUGCUUUUAGUAAUUCCUCCGACAGGUAAACUUUCACAAAGAUGACACACUGUUAUAUGGUGAGUAAAACUUUGUGGAAUUGAAAGAUUUUGUUUGACUGAAGUUGAUAAAAGUAGUUCAGCUUCACUUACAUUUUGCAGCUAAAAGUAGGUAAGUUGUUGUAGUUAAUUUCAGUUUAGCUGGUUAGUUACAGUAAUUGUUGAACAAUGAAGAAUCCCCAUCAGCUGAGUAAUACAUGGAAGCAAUCCCCUAACAAAGAUCCAGUACUGAUGUCUAUGUCUUGCACGAACAAGAAGUUCAAGAGGAAGUCUAGGGAGCCCAAAAGACUUUUCAGCAGCCCUGAGCCUGAGAGGAGGAAAACCUACCAAGGGGACAUGUCAGAUGAGGACUCAGUAGAUGACACCCAAACGGAGGCAUGUAAUGUCGGCACGUUGGCUCCAUUGCAGAGACAGCUGAUGAUAUCUCAGGAGGCAACAGCUAGUACUACAGAAAUUCUGUCAGGACUUCCAGGGGGCAACAUGGUUUCAGCUCAGAGUGGUGCUAUAGAUAUGAGAAUUGGUAUUAACUUGCCAGACAUCACCUCUAAACUCUCCCAGUUACCUUCCCCUCCAUUCUCUAACCCAGAGAUCUCCCGCUGGCCCACAGUCAUCUCACAGCCUCUGUCCAACAGACUUAAACUGGGCCUUUGCUCUACUUUCCCUCUGUCAAUGUCAACUAGCUGCAGCCACAGCCAUUCACCCAGUCACCGGGCCUCCCCCCCGGAGCCCUCUCUGUCAGGCCAGGCUUCAGCUCUGCCUGGUCCCAGGAUCUUCCAGACCUCAAUGUGUCAAGAACAUGUGGAGCCCCAGGUGGAGUCACCUAAGGAGUUUCCCAGAAAGAGGACUGAGAUGAGUGCUGAUGAACCUGGGUGUCUUCCAGAGGUUAAAGCCAUCCAGCAGACCAGGAGGCUUCUAGCGAACGCCAGGGAACGGACCCGUGUCCAUACCAUCAGCGCUGCAUUCGAAGCCUUGAGGAAGCAGGUGCCAUGUUACUCCUAUGGGCAGAAGCUCUCCAAGCUGGCUAUAUUACGUAUCGCCUGCAACUACAUCCUGUCCCUUGCUCAGUUGGCUGAGCAGGACUACAGUUCAGACCACAGCAGUCUGAGCUUCUCUCAGUGUGUGGAGCAGUGUACCAGGACCCUGCAAGCCGAGGGAAGGAGCAAGAAGAGGAAAGUUGGCAGGAUGCCAGAGGAUUUGUGAUGUUUUCAGAUUCCCUUUACCAGAAUCUUCUCAUCGAUGAGGGCUGUGUAACUAUCUAUCACACAACCAGCCUCAGGCUCAACUCAUCUGUUGUACUGGACUCAACAUAUUUGUAUGCAAGAGUGAAAAGGCCAAAUAUGGUGAACAACAAUAAUAUUUACUACAGUGACGUAGAAAAGGAACCACAAGUAUAUUAACAGCCAAAUGCAAUAACAUUUUUUGCCUUCAUUAUAAUAACUAGGUGUACGCAUUGUAAAUUGAAAAAUCCAGUUCUAAUUGACAUUACGACUUAUCUAACACAAUAUAUAACCUUAUUAUUAUUUCCCAAUAAAUAAGUUAAAGUUGACUGUUUACAUAAAGCUAUAAUUUGUACACUGAAUGUUUUGAUGUGUCUAAUGUUUUUCGUUACUGUAUUGUAUAUUACUUUAAGAAAUAUUAGUUAGCGCCUUGGUUCCUGUUUUUUGACGUGUCUUUGUGUUGUCAUAUAGACUUUAUUCCGGAGUGUUACAGUUGUCAUAUGAUGAAUACAAGCCAAUUAUGUACAUGUGUAUGUGAAAUGAGCAUGCAUUAAAAAAAAAUAAAGUUCCUCAAUAGAAGAAUUGAGUUCUAGA